AAGUCCGGACUAUAAAUACUCCGCUCAGAAAAGUGUCCCCACUCAGAGGUUCGAAUUGUGAAAUCGUUGAAACAAGAGAGAGAGAUAGAGAACUCGUGAGAGUUCAAUUGCGAGAGCUUCGAAUGAGCGAACAGCGUGGCUCGAAAUCUCUAGUUUGUUGAUGGCCUAAGCUUGACAGGCUUGUUGGGUCAGCAAAGAGAGUAAUUUGGGUUGGGUGUUAUUUUGAAUUUGAUCAACUAUGGGCGAAGAAGAGGCAGUGGUUGCAGUUGAGGCAGAGGAAAAUGGGACUACCACACCUGAGAAUAAGGGUGAAGAUGUUCCUCAGAAAAAAGAGCUGGAAAAGGAUGGAGUAAAAGAAAUGGAAGAAGAUGGUAAAGAUGAUGAGAAAGUUGAGACAGAGGAAAUGGAUGUCGACCAAGAGGCCAAGAAAACCAAAGAAGAAGAGAAAAUUGCCAAAAAGGGAAGUAAAGAAGAGGAAGAGGAAGAGGAAAAAAAGGUAGAUACCAGAAGUGAGGCAAUGGAUGAUGAAAUGGAGGCAAAAGAAGCUGAGGAGGGUGAGGAAAAGGUUGUGGAGAAGGUGGAUGAAUUAAAGGAGGAAGAAGAAAAUGAUGAAGACUGUAAACCAGAGAAGGUGGAUGAAUUAAAGGAGGAAGAAGAAAAGGAUGAAGCGAGUAAACCAGAGAAGAAGGAUGAAUUAAUAGAGGAAGAAGAAAAGGAUGAAGAAAGUACACCACAGAAAGCGUCAAAGAGGCGUGGAAAAGGGAAGACCUCUGCAGUAAAAAUCAACAGCAAUAAAAAGGAGGUGGAAGGGAAAAAGGAGUGGAAAACCCCCAUUAGUUCUGCACUUGAUCGCCCCGUACGGGAACGGAAAUCUGUAGAAAGGCUGGUUGCAUCUUUCGAAAUAGAAACUGUCAAGGAAUUCCAUAUUGAAAAGUUUGCCUUGGAAUUGCAGGGCAGCGGUGUCGCACUGAAAGACAUACCUAAUGUGUCAUACAAAUUAUCAAAAAGGAAGACUGAUGACACUUUAAAAUUGCUUCAUACGAUUCUCUUUGGAAGGAGAGGAAAGGCAGCUCAGGUCAAAAGUAAUAUUUCUCGGUUUUCUGGUUUUGUGUGGAAUGACAAUGAGGAAAAACAAAAGAUAAAAGUAAAAGAAAAACUUGACAAAUGCAUUAAAGAGAAGUUGUUGGAAUUCUGUGAUGUGCUUGACAUGCCAGUUACCAAAGCUAAUACGAGGAAGGAAGAUAUUGUUGCAAAGUUGAUAGACUUCUUGGUGGCCCCUCAUGCAUUGACUACCGAGUUACUUGCUGAAAAAGAGCAGUCAAGUAAGGGAAAAAAACGUAAGAGGGAAGUCAAACGAAGCGCAUCAACGUCUGGCAGCACGCCAUCAAAACGGUCAGCUAAGAGUCGAAAAAGGAUUGAGAAUGCAUCUAAAGAGACGGAGAAUAUGCUGGAAACAGAAGACGAGUUAGAUAAAGAAGAAGAGGAAGAGGAGGAACAUGAAGAAGAGGAAACUGUGAAUGGUGUUCCUGAAAGCUCUGAAAGUGAUGUACCUGAAGAGAAUAAAGAUGAGUCUGAAGAAGAGUCUGAAGAAGACACAGGUAAAUACAAACGAGGUUCAAAAAAUUCAUCUGCAAAGAAGAAAUCUUCAGGAAAGACAAAAACCAAGAAAGUUGCUACUCUGAAGAAAUCUACUCCACCCACCAAAAAAACACCUUUGAAAUCUACUCCACCCACAAAAAGAACACCUUUGAAAUCAUCAUCAAAUCGUUCUAAGGUUGAUGAUAGCAGUGAUAGUCCAAAGACAUUCUCAAGGAAGAAAAGAACUGAGGUUGUUAAGGAAAAGUCCACAGCUCCAAAGAAACCUGCUUCCAUGGAGCAAACUGGUAAAAAGGUCGCGAAAGGGAAAGACAAACCUAAAGAAGUGAAAUUAAGGCCAAGUGAUGAUGAACUCAGAAAGGCAAUAUGCGAAAUUCUUAAGGAAGUUGACUUCAACACGGCUACCUUCACUGACAUUCUGAAACAACUCGCUGGGCGCUUUAAAAUGGAUCUUACGCCCCGAAAGGCUUCGAUAAAGUUCAUGAUCCAAGAAGAACUUACCAAACUAGCUGAUGAGGCAGAUGAUGAAGAAGAUGAAGGUGAUACCGAGAAAGAUAAGACCCAACCUUCCGGUCAAGGUGUUGAGGCUUGAACGCCAAGGUAAAACAUAAAUUAGAUUAAAAUGGAAUAGUUUUUCUUUAGCUUCACAACCCUUUUUUUCAAAUUUAACAAUCUGUCGUUUCUCAAUGUGUUGUUUUGUCUGUCUCUAAAAAUAGCAGUCUGUAAUUUAUUGUUAUAAGUUUAUUAACUUUGAGUCAAAAACUUAUGAUUUUCCAGAAAUUGUUAGGUUUAGAACUGCUCGAGUUAUGCUGCACGAUUGCAGUUAUUAUGUACACAAACGAAAAUUUGUAGGAAUUCUUCUAUGUUUUAACUUAACUGACUUUUUUUGUUGACAAUUAGAGAUGGAUAUUGUGAUC